CGCAGCUUCUGAUUCCCAAACCUCUCCUUUUUGAGCCCAUUGCUGCCAGCACCAACAUUUUCUAGUAUUUGUUGGAAGCCCCCUCUCUUGGAAAGCAGCAGUCAUUGCCACAUCGAUAUGCAAUCAUGAAGUUGUCUGUGUUUUCCCUGAGCCUUUUGGCUCUUCUGACACCUCUCUCUGCCGCCUGGUCAAAAGAAGAUCGUGAGAUCUUCCGCGUGCGAGACGAGAUCGCCACCUUUGAGGGCCCGGAAGUGACCUUCUACGACUUCCUCGGCGUCACUUCCUCCGCCUCCCAAGAUGAUAUCAACAAAGCCUACCGCAAGAAGUCCCGCUCGCUCCACCCCGACAAGGUCAAGCAGCAGCUCAAUGCCGAGCGCGCCAAGGCCAAGAAGGACCAGAAGAAGAAGCCCGGCGUCAACGUAGCCAAGCCUGCCACCCAGUCCGAGAUCAAGGCCGCCGUCAAGCUGGCCUCCGACCGCCAGGCGCGCCUGUCCAUUGUCGCCAACAUCCUCAAGGGCUCCGGCCGUGCUCGAUAUGACCACUUCAUGGCGAAUGGCUUCCCCAAGUGGAAGGGCACCAACUACUACUACGACCGGUACCGCCCCGGCCUCGGCACCGUCAUGUUCGGCGUCUUCCUCGCCCUCGGCGGUGGCGCGCACUACAUCGCCCUGUACAUGGGCUGGAAGCGCCAGCGCGAGUUCGUCGAGCGGUACAUCAAGUUUGCGCGCCAUGCGGCAUGGGGCGACAACCUCGGGAUACCUGCCGUUGACAUCGGCACCGGUGGUGCGCCGGUCGGCACCGCGGCGCCGCCCCCGGCCGCCGAUGAGCAACAGGAACAGGCCAUGCCUACCAACCGCAAGAUGAGGCGCAUGCAGGAGCGUGAGGCCAAGAAGGGCAACUCCGGGGAGGCCCCCAAGCGCGGUGGUCGCCGAGCUCCCACCCGCGCCAGCUCCGCUUCUGGCACUGCUACCCCCACUGCCGCUGCCGGUGCUGCUGCUGGUUCCGCUGGUCCCCAGGGCGCGAAGAAGCGUGUUGUUGCCGAGAACGGCAAGGUCCUCGUUGUUGACUCUCUCGGUGACGUGUACCUGGAGCAGGAGGACGAGGAUGGCAACGUGGAGGAAUUCUUGCUCGAUCCUAACGAGAUCCCCAAGCCCACCAUCCGUGACACCGCCCUAGUCCGCAUGCCCAUCUGGUUCUAUGGCCGUACUGCUGGCCGCUUCCUCUCAAAGAGCCAGGACGGCGACGAGGAGUACGAAGAGGUCGAGGAGGAGGUCGUCUCCGCCGAGACAGACUCCUCCUCCGGCGCUGGCGGCAAGCGGACCCCGAGCACCGGCUCUGUCGACGACGACUUCGAGUUGCUGGACAAGUCGGUCGAGGACGUCUCGGCCCCCAAGGCGACCGGCAGCCAGCCUCAGGCCAAGUCUGGGAAGAGCAACAAGCGCAAGUCGAAGAAGAGAUAAACUGAUCGCUCCUCUUCUUCUUGGCAACCGCAGGGCACCAUGUCGUCUUUCGUCGCGGAGAGGCUUUUGGCUGGCGGCGUUUGGGUUGGCUUUUUCAUAGGUUUUAUGACAGAGAGAAAGGAGCAAGACGGAGUGAACGGGGAUGUGGAUGUUGAGUCCCGUUGCGGGGCAGCAUUUGCCAUGAUGAGGGUGUGAUGGGAGGGCACCAGUUCAGUACUCUCGAAAGUAUAAUUGGAUGUACAUUUUGUUGCAUCGAUGGAUAGAUGGCAACAUGGCAACACGAAGGAUGGGCACAGCCCGGUCAAGAAGCCUCAUCCGCACGUUUAGACUCUCUGCGCACAUCAAUCACAGAGAUUUAUUACGCCUUUCA